CGGUCUCUUCACGCCGCGCACAUCUCAGGAACGGGCUUAUGUCAGCCCCUGUCCCUACGGGUGCUCUUCCAUGCAUCCAGGCGGUAUACCUGCAUCCUGCACUGCGAUUUGCUAAUAUCGUGCCCAUAUCACACUGCAGAUGUGAUUAUUGAUAAAUGGCUCCUUCAGGUCAGACAGGCAGAAAACAGUGCAGGAAGGGGUUAAAGCUACAUGGAUAAGCUGCAGAAGGAAACACCCAGCCUGAAUGAGGCAUGAGGCAUGUGAGGUGUUCCUGGCUGCCUGUGCAGGAGAGAGCAGGCUCCCAGGCCUCCAGUGCCCGGCUCUGGCUAGCAGGGGGCAGCAGUUAGGGGAGAGCCUGUGUGAGUGCAGAAGGGGAUUUCCAUAGCAGCCAGAGGAAGUCUAUGUACAGCAGAAAGGGACUUUCCAGCAGUGCACAUAGGGGAGGAGACUCCUCAGGCUGCAGAGUGCACACAGCCAGCAAUGGGGAGGCGGAGGGGGCUCGCCUUAUGCUUCCACUUUACUUUGUAAUGUCCAUUUCUUCACCCACUGUGUGCAACAGGACGGAGGCUGCUUCCAUCACCCCCCUGUGCCCUGCUGCUCACCCAGGCCAAGCUGCCCUGGCGUCCCUUCAUGAAUACUGAGAACCGGACCCCACCGCAGAACCAUUUGCUUGCACUGCUAGAGAAGACUGAAAUGAGGGCCAGAUUAAAAGCCGCAGUGGACAUCAAGCGCAUCAGGCCAGGCACUGUUACUAUAAGCCCAGCGUCAACAUUAUGAAUUUAGCGGAUAUAUCAUGGAUACCAGCAAAAAGAUCGAGCCAACAGUCUCCGUACAAACACUACAGCAGAAAGCCAAUCCAGACCGAAGCCUUGCCACAACCAUCUACGUGCCAGAGCGAGGGGGGUACAAGGAGAAGUUCCUGAAGCUGGUGGAAGAGAAAUACAAGUGCGAGAAGUGCAGGCUUGUGCUGUGCAACCCCAGGCAGACAGAAUGUGGGCACCGCUACUGUGAGACCUGCAUGAACCUGACACUGAGCUCAUCCAGUCCACAGUGCACGGCUUGUGAAGAAAUAAUAAUUAAAGACAAGGUGUUUAAGGAUAACUGCUGCCGGAGAGAGGUGCUGGCGCUUCAGAUGUACUGCAGAAAUGAGAACCGGGGCUGCAAGGAGCAAAUAACACUAGGCAACCUACUGAUUCACCUAAAAAGUGACUGCCAGUUUGAAGAACUUUCCUGUCCCCGUGCAGACUGCAAAGAAAAAGUGAUCCGUAAAGAUCUCAGCGACCACAUAGAGAAGUCAUGUAAAUACAGAGAAACACCGUGCCAGUAUUGCAAAAGCCAAGUGCCGCUUGUAGAAAUGCAGAAGCAUGAAGAUAUGGACUGUCCCUCCGUCGUGAUGUCCUGCCCUCACAAGUGUAGUGUAAAAAGUCUGUUGAGAAGUGAGUUGAAUGCACAUUUGUCAGAAUGUGUUAAUGCCCCCAGUACCUGCAGUUUUAAACGUUAUGGCUGCAGUUUUAAGGGAACAAACCAACAAAUUAAAGCACAUGAAUCCAGUUCAGCUGUUCAGCAUGUCAAUCUAAUGAAAGAAUGGAGCAGUUUCCUGGAGUCUAAGGUGUCCAUAUUACAGAACGAAAGCUCUGAGAAAAAUAAAAGUAUACAGAUCCUGCAUAAUCAGAUGUGUAACUUUGAGGUAGAAAUCGAGAGACACAAAGAUUUGCUGAGAAAUAAUGAAUCAAAAAUUCACCAAUUACAGAGAGUGAUUGAAGGCCAAGCGGACAAGCUGAAGGACUUGGACAAGGAGAUCAGGAGCUUGCGACAGACGGGAGAGGACGCAGACAAUAUGAAGAGCAGCAUGGAAUCGUUACAAACGCGGAUGACCCAGUUGGAGACCAUCAGUAAGAGUGCAGCCGCAUGGAACCCUGGUGUUUUGGAGACCCAGAUUAACAGACAUGAUCAGAUGCUGAGUGUCCACGACAUCCGCCUGGCCGAUAUGGAUCUAAGGUUCCAAGUGCUGGAGACCGCUAGUUACAAUGGGGUCCUGAUCUGGAAGAUCCGUGACUACAAGAGGCGGAAGCAAGAAGCCGUAAUGGGGAAAACAUUGUCGCUGUACAGCCAACCCUUUUACACUGGGUACUUUGGUUAUAAGAUGUGUGCCAGGGUGUAUCUCAACGGAGAUGGAAUGGGCAAGAACACACACUUGUCUCUCUUCUUUGUGAUCAUGAGGGGGGAGUACGACGCACUGCUUCCAUGGCCUUUCAAACAGAAAGUCAGUCUCAUGUUAAUGGACCAGGGACCUUCACGGCGCCAUUUAGGAGACGCAUUCAAGCCCGAUCCAAACAGCAGUAGUUUCAAGAAACCCACAGGAGAGAUGAACAUUGCUUCUGGGUGUCCAGUAUUCGUUGCCCAAACUGUCUUAGAGAACGGGACGUACAUUAAAGACGAUACUAUUUUUAUUAAAGUCAUAGUGGAUACGUCUGAUUUACCGGACCCUUGAUAAUAGAUAGUUAGGCAUGCUAGGUAGAAGGCAAGGCCAGCUAUGGGGUUUAUUUUUCUACGUCAUUCUUGAGACAGGAAGUUCCAAGGUUUGCAUAAGGACCCGGUGUGCGCUGGUACAGAUCUGACGGAACAAGGCUGUAGGGUCCGAAGCACAACACGCAACAUUCUGUGCAGAGACGGAUCGCUAUAUGUUGUGAUAAAUGAGAAUGGCGGAAAUUUAGUAAAAGUAGUGUGACCAUUGUGCAAAUUGAGAUUGAAGUCUACAUAUAUAUUUUUAUUUUGGGGGU